AUAAUACAACAUGGGUUGACAUAAUCCAAAGUAUUUAAAAUGUCUUAAAAUAUGUCUUGGAUUUGGAAAUCAUCAAAAUUACAAGUUCCAAUUAAGCCGUGCUUAUCAUUCCUCGAAGAUAAAUGUUUUCAUAAAGCAAGAAUAACACUAAAAGAGUUUGGUGUGAAUUGGUUGGAUUUAAUACAAGCUCAAGAAAAAGUAAACCACCCUGCUUUUCACAAAAUGGACGCCGUAUUUUUUCAUCAAGAUCGAUUUGAACUACUUGUUGACGCUCGAGGGUUUCGCCCGGAGGAUAUUAAAUGUAAAAUGACCACAAAUUUGGUAGAAAUAAUCGGACAAAGGCAAGAAGCUCUAAAUAGCGGCAGUAAAAGUAUGUCGUUAGCGAGAAAUUAUCACUUACCACAACCUGUUAAACCAGAAGAAGGAAAUUGUUGUUUUUCUACAGAAGGGAUCUUAUUAGUAACAGCUCCAUGGAGAGGCUAGUAGUUUCGAAAUUUUGUUUUUUAUAUUUUUUUGUGAAUAUAUUGAUUACUCAUUUCAUUUUAAUGACCUCUUAGUAAAUUUGUAUGU